CAAAACAAAACAAUCUAUGGAACUGUGUAAAGCAGUGAAGGUAUAGUAAAGCUCCAAGCCAGUUGAACUACGUUGUGGUCUUUAAUAUACAGGUGCAGCGGUUUGUCUUCAGAUUUAUUUGAUUCUGACAAGCAGAAUUUCUCCAGCUGAUAACAGUGUUCAAAACCAAGACUAGUUGGCCAUCAGGCGUCGUCGAGCGAUGGGAAUGCCGCUUUGUCGGUUACGAUAUAGGGGAAUUAUCACACUGUUUAGCCUUAUGACCAUCUAUAUAUAUUACUGUGUAAUCCAGCUAGCAAUUGAUGUGUAUGACGAAGACAAGUUCUAUCAAGUGAGAAAAAAUAAUGUGCGGAACUUACGGACACCAUCAGUAGCUUUUAAUCAAUCGAAGGUGCACAAUUCAACCAACGAUGGGAAUUUGACUACAGUUGAAAAUAUAGCACACCAAGUAAUUAACUGCACUCAGUGUGAGCAUAAACAAGAAUUUUCAUGUAGAAAUGUUUCUGAUAUUAGGAUAUUUUCAAGCCUUGGUCAUGGCACAACGAAAGAGGUAUUUCGCGGGAAGUACGAUGGACGAGAAAUGGCGGUCAAAAUGGUGACUUCUAAAGUUUUGGACGUUAAAAAAUGUCUGGAGAGGAAAAUGUUUUGGAAACGAGAAGAGUGUUACCUAUUAGCAAAUUACAAGAUUCUUAAGGAGAUUUUAUUUGUGCGGCAGUUACAGCACCCAAAUAUUCUACAGUCGAUAGGUUAUUGUGUUCGAAAUGAGAUAACUUCAGGUCGAGUUGUGGACCAUGGUGUCAUCUCCGUUACAGAGCUAGGAAAAACAUUUAAUCUAAACAAGUACAGCAGACUACCAUGGGAACAGAAAAUGAAGACCACAAUCGAACUGCUGGAUUUACUAGACUAUUUCGCGCAUUCUCCGAUCGGCUCGCUGAUCAUGACCGACAUAAAAACGUCACAGUUUCUCGUCGUCGGGGACAAGGUUAAACUAGGAGAUAUGGACGACGUCUCCAGCGAGGAAAAGAAAUGUGAAACUAGCAAGGAUUGUUACCUGGACAACAGAAACUAUGGUAUUCAGUGUGUGGGGAACAUAUGUAGAGGGAUUAAUUCCAAAUUCAACUUACAUUAUUUUAACAAGAAGAUAUUUAGCCUAAUUCUAAAAACAGCACCAUCGAAAUCUCUGACGGAUGAAACCACUAGCGCGUUAAAUCGUAUUAAACAUCCGAAUUCAACGGCCGUCCAGAUCAAACAGUCCCUUCAACGAAUCUUGCUAAAAGCAACCAAUCCAUGACAGUACAAGCAAACGCUACAGAAUAACACAGGUUUAAUUUCGGUUGUACACUGAUUUCAAUUAAAAACUAGUGACCUACUCAGCUGGUUUGAUAAAGACAUGUUAUUUUCCCGGCGGCCUAUUCGAAAAAAAAAAAAAAAAAACUCCUAGAAACUUAGCGAUCAAGAAGGAGCCAU